AUGGAGGAACAACAGAAACGGGAACCUAGUCCUCUCCGAAAAAUGGUGGCGGUGUCAUCCAUAGCCGCCGGUAUCCAAUUUGGAUGGGCCCUCCAACUCUCCCUUCUAACACCGUAUGUUCAAACCCUAGGAGUCCCCCACGCCUGGGCCUCCUUUAUCUGGCUCUGCGGGCCCAUCUCUGGGCUUGUAGUCCAGCCCAUUGUAGGCUACAGCAGUGAUCGAUGCAAAUCUGCCUUUGGCCGCCGCCGCCCAUUUAUCCUCGCCGGCACGCUUUUUGUUGCCAUCUCUGUUAUCCUGAUCGGCUACGCGGCUGAUAUAGGACAGCUGGCUGGUGACGACAUCACGCAGAAAACCCGUCCACGUGCUGUCGCCAUCUUUGUUGUUGGCUUCUGGAUCCUGGAUGUUGCUAACAACAUGCUCCAGGGUCCAUGCCGUGCCUUUCUCGGUGACCUGGCUGCUGGCGACCAGCGAAAAACGAGAACUGCCAACUCCUUCUACUCGUUUUUCAUGGCCGUGGGCAACGUCCUGGGCUACGCCGCAGGAUCCUACGACGGUCUCCAUAAGAUCUUCCCUUUCACGAAAACUGACGCUUGCAACGUCUUCUGUGCAAACCUGAAGAGUUGCUUCUUCUUCGCCAUCGUUCUUCUUCUUGUUUUGUGCAUUAUCGUUCUCUCUUGCGUGAACGAUCCUCAGUUUACGCCAUCAGAUGAGGACAGGGGAGAGGAGGCAGGGAAGACACACUUUUCGUGCUUCUGCGGAGAAGUGUGUGUUGCGUUCAAGGGAUUGAAGAGGCCGAUGUGGCUGUUGAUGCUUGUGACUGCUGUUAACUGGAUCGCAUGGUUCCCCUAUGUGUUGUUCGACACUGAUUGGAUGGGUCGUGAGGUGUAUGGUGGUGAUGUGGGAGAGGCAGCAUAUGAUGCUGGUGUGCAUCAAGGUGCUUUGGGACUGAUGUUGAAUUCAGUGGUGUUGGCUGUGGCGUCGUUGGGUGUGGAACCAUUGGGUCGCAUGGUUGGUGGAGUGAAGUGGCUAUGGUCAAUAGUUAAUUUUAUUCUAGCAAUUUGCAUGGCAAUGACCGUGCUCAUCACAAAAGUCGCUGAGAAGGAACGACAAAUUAACCCGGCUCGCAUUGGACAUCCCUCCGUUAAUGUGCAAGCUGGAGCCUUAGCAUUCUUCUCAGUCCUUGGUAUUCCCCUUGCGGUUACCUAUAGUGUUCCUUUUGCUUUGGCAUCUAUCUACUCAAGCACCUCAGGGGCAGGACAAGGUUUAUCUUUGGGUCUUCUCAAUGUUGCAAUUGUCAUUCCUCAGAUGGUUGUAUCGGCAAUUAGUGGACCGUGGGACGCUUGGUUUGGUGGCGGCAACUUACCGGCGUUCGUGUUGGGCGCGGGGGCUGCUGCCGUCUGUGCCAUACUGGCAAUUGUUUUGCUUCCAACCCCAAAGAAAGCUGAUGAAGCCAAACUGUCCUCCAUGAAUAUGGGGAGUUUCCAUUAA